AUGGCGCCUGCUACACAGCCGAAGGCGGCGGCCAGAGUGGCCCGACCUGCCGCCAGGUAUCGUCCAGGCAAAGCUCCCGUUGGCGCCGCAGGCUCGCUCGAUGACUUCUCGGACUCGGACAACGACGAGCACGCCGACGAUCACGACUCGCGUCACACCGCAGCGCCGACGAGCGUCAGCAUCUCGGACCUUUCUUCGGGCACAGCUGCGCUGCAGUCCUCUGCCCAGCGAAGAACGGCCGGCAUUGUGAUUGCUGAUCCGUCUUCGAGCGCAAAGAAGAUCAGCGUGCGCCUCAAUGCUGCUGCCGAACCGACGAGGGCGCAAGAACAGGACGACUCGUCCGAGUACGAGACCGACACCAGCGAGGAGGACGCCAAACCAGCCCAGGCCAGACCGGUGUUUCGCAAGCCUGGUGCGCCGUCUCAGCCAGCACAGAAGGACGAAUCGUCCGAGUACGAGACCGACACGGACGACGAGAGCAGCGAGGAAGACGCGACUCCACCACCUCUUGCCAAACCGAUCUUUGUUCCCAAACGAGCGCGCACGACCAUCGCCGCGGGACCUGCCGACACAGAAGCAGCACAGGAGGAUGUCGAGGCCAAGGCGGAGGAGGAGGCUGCCAAACGUCGGCAAGAGGCGCACGAUCUCGCGGCUGCCACGAUCAAGCGCCAGCUGGCGGAGAAAGAGUACCAAGAAACGCACGCGACCGAUGUGGACGACACGGAUGGCCUUGAUCCGGAAGCCGAAUUCGAAGCGUGGCGCCAACGCGAGCUCGCACGACUGCAGCGCGAUCGCGAAGCCCUCGACGAGAAGCGCAAAGCGCAAGCGGAGCUCGACGCAUUCCGUGCAUUGCCCGAAUCAGAGAAGGAUCGUCUGGGCCGCGAACGCGCCAAGCAACAAGCGGCAGAGAAGCGGGAACAGCGAGGCAAUCCUGCGUUCCUGCAAAAGUACUACCAUAAGGGCAGCUUCUUCCAGGACAUGGACAUUCUGCAGCGCGACUAUACCGAGGCGACGAGCAGUCAGGUCGACGUGAGCAAGCUGCCCAAGAUGAUGCAGGUGCGCAACUUUGGCGCCAAGGGCCGCAGCAAGUGGACCCACCUCGCCAACGAGGACACCUCCAAGAGCGCCAUGAAGCUCGAUGCCGCGAGUGCGUGCUUUGUUUGCGGCGGUCCACACAUGAAGAAGGACUGUCCCCAGCGAGGUGGUGCAGAGGGUAGCGGUGCGAAUCGUGCCGACCUUGGCGAUGGGGUGGAGGCGUCAAGGACGUGGGGGGAGAGUGCGCGCGAGGCGCAGUCGGAACGUCGAAGAAGUCAAAGUCCAAGGCCGGAGCGGAGACAUAGGGAGGAGGGUGGAGAGGAGCGAUCGCGUAGUCGAAGGGAUCAAGACCAUAAAUCCUCCUCAUCCCACCGCGACCGAGAGCAUCGCGAACACCGAGAACAUCGCAGCCACCGCCGCGAUCGGAGCCGAGAGCGUCAGGACGAGCGUGACCGCGACCGAGGCUCACGGCAUCGCGAUGAUGACCGACGGCGUGGCGACCAAGUGGAUCGUGAACGACGGCAUCGAUUCGACCACGAGCAUCGGGAGCACCGCCACCGUCGGGAGCGCCGAGACGAGUCCAACUCGCACCGUCGACACAAGCGCCACGACGACGAACACGCCGACGAGCUGCACCGCAAACGCUCCCGGCAUACCUCACCGCCACCAGCUGCUUGA